UGCAACCCCUCUAAAUAGUGCAUGCAUCGCAGUCGCGAUAACGUGCCGUUCUUGAGUUAUACCACAUUCUGGUGGCGCCUAGUACAAAUAAAUGAUUUGCAGCAUGAACACUAAGUAUUCUCCCAGCGACUCAUUGCCCAAGCGAUCAGCAUUGAAGAAUGUUCAAGUGAUCACGAGGACAGACCACAAGGAAAUUAAAAUCCCGUCGGCCCCGUAUGCACGGGAAGCCCCAAGCAAUACAGGACAUACCUCUCAUACGAAGGUUGCAAUGUUCUGCAGGGGACUUUGCUUCUUCAAUAUGCGUUCCCCCAAAUGCUAAAUUUCCCCCAUACGAUAAGAAGGAAGAUUUAUGGAGCGCAAACGCCCGUGUCACGACUUACAAAUUAAUAUCG